AUGGAGGGCAACGAUGAUGAGGGGAACCACGACUCUGAUGAUGACUCUGAGGACGAAGAUGGCCAAGAUGAUGGAAAGAAGGAGGAAGAGGAUGAACCCACGGCAGCCCCCUCUGUGCCACCUGAGCAGCCAAAUCGGUGCCCUGAGUGCGGGCAGAGCUGGCCAGCGGGCUCCGAGCCGGGGAAGCACCACUGCCCCCGCCCCGGCGCCCAGCCCCUCAUCUGCGGUGACUGCGGGAGGAGCUUCGCCUUCCGCUCCACCCUCGCCAACCACCGCCGCAGCCACACCGGCGAGAAGCCCUUCGCCUGCCCCGACUGCGGCAAGGCCUUCGGCGCCAAGUCCUCUCUGGCCGUGCACCGCCGCAGCCACACCGGCGAGGGGGCGUGCGCCUGCCCCGACUGCGGCCAGAGCUGCAGCAGCAGGACCGCCCUCGCCGUCCACCGGCGCACGCACACGGGGGAGAAGCCCUACGCCUGCCCCGACUGCGGCAAGAGCUUCAGCCAGAGCUCCACCCUCACCCAGCACAUCUACACUCACACCGGGGAGAAGCUCUCCUGCCCCGACUGCGGCAAGCGCUUCAGCCGCAGUUCCACCCUGGCCAACCACCGCCGCGUCCACACCGGGGAGAAGCUCUUCCCCUGCUCGGAGUGCGGCAAGAGCUUCACCCUGAGCUACCGGCUCCUCCGCCACCGCCUCACCCACAGCGGCGAAGACUUCUGCAGCUGCCCCGACUGCGGCAAGGGCUUCAACUGCAGGUCCUCCCUCGCCCUGCACCGCCGCACCCACACGGGGGAGAGGCCCUACGCCUGCCCCGACUGCGGCAAGAGCUUCAGCAGCAGAUCCAGCCUCACCGUGCACCGCCGCACCCACACGGGGGAGAAGCCCUACGCCUGCCCCGACUGCGGCAAGGGCUUCAUCGACAAGCCCUCCCUCGACAAGCACCGCCGCGUCCACACCGGUGAGCGGCCCUACGGCUGCGCCGACUGCGGCAAGAGCUUCAAGCGCCGCUUCAACCUCACGCACCACCUCUGCGCCCACGCCGGUGACCAGCCCCCGCCGAGGGGCAGGCGAAACUCCGCCCAGCGGACGGGCAGCGACAGCCAAUCAGAGCCGCCGGAGAACCGGAGCCACACCCCCCGCGGUAAAAGAGGGAACCGCCCCCGCCAGCCCCCCGCCACCAUUUUGGCUGCCUCGUGGGAAGAGGUCGCGGAGGAACGGAGCCGGGAGGGGGCUGGGGGCCCCGGGGAGCGCUGGGACCAGCGGCAGCAGAGCCGGGAGGGGGCUGGGGGCCCCGGGGCGCGCUGGGACCUGCGGCAGCAGAGCUGGGAGGGGGCUGGGGCGCGCUGGGACCGGCGGCAGCAGAGCCGGGAGGGGGCUGCUUUUGGGGCUCUGAAGGAUAUCAGCUGUGGAGUCUGGCGGUCCCCCAGGCGGGUGGGGGAGGAGGAAGAGGAGAAGGACGACAAUGAGGAGACAGAGGAGGAGGAGAAAGAUGAGGUGAAAAAGGAGGAAGAGGAUGAGGAGGAAGAGAAGGAGGAGGGUGACAAGGAGGGUGAGAAUGGUGAGAAUGAUGACUAUGAGGACGAUGACUAUGAGGAGAAUGAUGAUGAAGAUGAUGAAGACUAUGAAGAAGAGAGCCGCAUCAGCAAGAGGUCUGCCACCUGCGCCGACUGCGGCAAGAGCUUCAGCAGCAAGUUCUACCUCACCAUCCACCGCCGUAGCCACACCGGGGAGAAGCCUUUUGCCUGCGCCGACUGCGGCAAGAGCUUCAGCAGCAAGUUCUACCUCACUGUCCACCACCGAAGCCACACCGGGGAGAAGCCUUUUGCCUGUUCUGACUGCGGGAAGAGCUUCAGGACCAAAUCCUAUCUCGCCAUCCACCGUCGCAGCCACACCGAUGAUAUGCCGUAUGUCUGUGCCGACUGCGGCAAGAGCUUCAGCAGCAGCUCAGCCCUUACCAUCCACCGGCGCUCACACACCAGCAAGAAGCCUUUUGCCUGCACUGACUGCGGCAAGAGCUUCAGCAGCAAGUUCUACCUCACCAUCCACCGCCGCAGCCAUACCGGGGAGAAGCCUUUUGCCUGCACUGACUGCGGUAAGAGCUUCAGCAGCAAGUUCUAUCUCACCAUCCACCACCGCAGUCACACCGGGAAGAAGCCUUUCGCCUGCACUGACUGCGGCAAGAGCUUCCACAGCAAGUUCUACCUCACCACCCACCGCCGCAGCCACACCAGGGAGAAGCUUUUCGCCUGUUCUGACUGUGGGAAGAGCUUCAAGUCCAAAUCCCAUCUCACCAUCCACCGUCGCAGCCACACUGGGGAGAAGCUUUUCGCCUGUUCUGACUGUGGGAAGAGCUUCAAGUCCAAAUCCCAUCUCACCAUCCACCAUCGCAGCCACACUGGGGAGAAGUCUUUCGCCUGUUCUGACUGUGGCAAGAGCUUCAAGUCCAACUCCUAUCUCACCAUCCACCGUCGCAGCCACACCGGGGAGAAGCCUUUCGCCUGUGCCGACUGCGACCAGUGCUUCCAAUCCAAAUCCGCCCUCGUGCAGCACCAGCACUUGCACGCUGGCAAGAAUCCUUUCACCUGUCCCGACUGUGGCCUGAGCUGCAGCUGCAGAUUCACCCUCAUCCAGCACCAGCGCUCCCACACCGGCGAGAAGCCCUUCACCUGCCCCGACUGCGGCAAGAGCUUCAGUCAGAGCUCCACUCUCAGCCAGCAUCGCCUCACGCACACCAGCGAGAAGCCGUUCCGCUGCGCCGAGUGCGGCAGGAGCUUCAGCCGGGGCACAAUGCUCGUCCGGCACAGCCGCAUCCACACCAGUGAAAAACCCUACGGCUGCCCCGACUGCGGCAAGAGGUUCAACCACACCUACACCCUCACCCGGCACCGCCGCGUCCACACCGGCGAGAAGCCCUUCACCUGCGCUCAGUGCGGCAAGAGCUACAGCGACUGCUCUGCCCUGGCCGUACACCGCCGCAUGCACACGGGGGAGAAGCCCCACACCUGCAGAGACUGCGGCAAGAGCUUCCUCCGGAAAUCCCAGCUCACCGCACACCACCGCACCCACACCGGGGAGAAGCCCUUCGCCUGCCCCGACUGCGGCAAGAGCUUCCGCACCCGCUCCGAUCUCUCCACGCACCGCCGCAUCCACACCGGCGAGAAGCCCUACGCCUGCCCUGACUGCGGCAGGUGUUUCACUGACAGGUCCUCCCUCACCCAGCACCUCCUUGUCCACACCAAUGAGAGAGCCCACAGCUGCGCUGGCUGUGGCAAGAGGUUCAAGCGCCGCUACCAGCUCUCCCAGCACCACUGCACCCACGCCGGUGACCAGCCCACGCCGAGGGGCAGGCGAAAGUAG